AUGCUCAAGCGCUGCGGCCGACGGCUGCUGCUGGCUCUGGCGGGCGCGCUGCUCGCCUGCCUGCUGGUGCUCACGGCCGACCCGCCGCCGCCCCCGGUGCCCGCCGAGCGCGGCCGGCGCGCGCUGCGCAGCCUGGCGGGCCCCGUGGGGGCGGCCCCGGUGCCGGGGCUGGAGGCGGCGGCGGCGCCCGGAGCGCUCUCCCGCGAGGUGCACAGUCUGUCUGAGUACUUCAGCUUGCUCACCCGCGCGCGCCGAGACGCCGGCCCACCGCCCGGGGGCGCCUCCCGUCCCGCCGACGGCCGCCCGCGGCCCCAGGCGGAGCCGCUCGAGCCCCGCGACGUCUUCAUCGCGGUGAAGACCACCAAAAAGUUCCACCGCGCGCGCCUCGACCUGCUGCUGGAGACCUGGAUCUCGCGCCACAAGGAGAUGACGUUCAUUUUCACCGACGGGGAAGAUGAGGCCCUGGCCCGGCGCAUGGGCAACGUGGUCAACACUAACUGCUCGGCUGCCCACAGCCGCCAGGCCCUGUCCUGCAAGAUGGCGGUGGAGUAUGACCACUUCAUCGAAUCGGGGAGGAAGUGGUUCUGCCACGUGGACGAUGACAACUACGUCAACGUGCGGGCCCUGCUGCGCCUGCUGGCCAGCUACCCCCACACUCAGGACGUUUACAUCGGCAAGCCUAGCCUGGACAGGCCCAUCCAGGCCACCGAGAGGGUCAGCGAGAACAAGAUGCGUCCGGUCCACUUCUGGUUUGCCACGGGCGGAGCCGGCUUCUGCAUCAGCCGCGCGCUGGCCCUGAGGAUGAGCCCGUGGGCCAGCGGGGGCCACUUCAUGAGCACGGCCGAGCGGAUCCGGCUGCCGGACGACUGCACCGUGGGCUACAUCGUGGAGGCGCUGCUGGGCGUGCCCCUCACCCGCAGCGGGCUGUUCCACUCCCACCUGGAGAGCCUGCAGCAGGUGCCGCCCUCGGAGCUCCAGGAGCAGGUGACCCUGAGCUACGGCAUGUUUGAGAACAAGCGGAACGCGGUGCACGUGAAAGGGCCCUUCUCGGUGGAGGCCGACCCGUCCAGGUUCCGCUCCAUCCACUGCCACCUGUACCCGGACACACCCUGGUGUCCCCGCACCACCGUCUUCUAGCUGCCUCAGCUGAGACCCCGUCCCCAGGCGCCCCUGGUAUCCAAAGGGCCCGGGGACGCCCACUGUGCUGCCCUGGCCUCGUUGUCCGAGGCCCCCGGGGCCGAGCCUCCCUCUGUGAGUGCUCUGUGCCCAUCUGCGUAGCAGGCUGCUGGCCGCCUGCUCUGCCCACAAGCAGACACGGGGGCCUGCCUGCCUGCCUUCACGUUCUGCGGUCAGCGGGCUCUGGAGCCGGGUCUGGAAGGGUUCACGUCAGAGGUCACUCUGGGGCAGUUUUAUGUUACUCUUGUGGGUCUUUGGACCGCCCUGCCCUGGGCUGGGCACCCACCUCAGAGCCCCCAGGACAACUGAGCCCUUCAAGAGGCUGGGUUUGGGGGGCAAUGGCCCAGCCUCCUCCUCCUUCUCCUUCUCCCUCUGAGCUCUGGCCUGGGCACCGUGGCACCGAGGAACAGCGACCCCUGCCCAGGUCCGCCGGCCCCACGAAGCCCCCAGCGGCCGGGCGGCCGGGUGUUCGGUGACUCCCCCAGCCCCCUGGGCGGGGCCUCCCCGCCCGCUCUUCCCUUUGUCUCCCCGAGAGGCGGAGUCAGAGCUGAGCAUGUUAUCUCCUCUCCAAAGUAGAGAGAAAGUCGCCCAUAGUGGGCGUGUCUGUAAAUAUUGUGACAGUAUUUUUUUUACUGUGCUUGUUUUUCAAGAGGGUGAGUAAAAAGGCAGGUGUUUUUGUCUUUGUUUUUGGGGAGCGGGGGAGGGUGUGAUAUCUUUUCUGUGGAUCAGAAAAAGCAGCAGCUGCCCUCGGGGUCACCUCCGUGGCCGAAGCCGCGUUGUCUCACGCUCCGUGUGUUUCUGGGUCUCUCUCCAUCGACCUGCCUCCCGCCGCCCACUGGGCGCACCUGGCCCGGGCGCGUGUUCUGUCUUCUGUGUAUCUUUCUGCAAAGACAUAGCUAGGAAAACGAACAAUAAGGGAAAAGUUCUCAGGGAAUCGAAGCGUGGUUGCUAUGGUGACGUCCUUUGCUGUGAAUAAAGGUGCUCUUCGGGGCC